UUGUGGGUUGUUGGAUGUUGCAGAGAGUUUUCGGGUAGAUGUUGGAUGUUGAAGGAAGUUGUUUAAUGUUGAAGAGACAUUAGAUAGAGACAUGGUAUAUCCUUAGCUAGGUAUUUGUGGUGAAACUAGAUAUGCAAAAUAUGCAUAUCUUUUUUUGAGAUAGCCAGCAGCUCCCUAGCUAGCUAGCUAUCUAAAACUUUAUUAAAAAAUAAAUGAAUAUUAAAAAUAACAAGUUAGUUUGGAACCAGUCUGGAAACCUGGAAUUUCUUGACUCUCGUUGCCUGGAAGGCACUUCUAAUGUUUUCUUCCUCUCUGGUGCCCCCUGAAACAACCAACUCAAAGAUCAUUCACUUCUGUCAUCCUCCAUAUUGAAAAUAUGUCGUCAUCAAAACAAAUUCGUUCGACUAAAACAGGAAUAAACUGAAUGGACUAAAUUGAAUCUAGUGGAGUAUGUAAUGUUAAAAUUUUUAUAGUUAUGUUUUCAUUUUUUUCCUACAGGACGAUACUAUCUUUUCAUUCUUACUAUAAAAUAAAAAAAAAUUAACAAAAAGAUGUAUCAAUUUUUUUUGCACAAAGAAAAUGCAUAAACUGGCUCACUCAUGUACACUUUGCUUUGUUUACAUAUAAUGGCGGCAUUGACGGAGUAAUCGGCUCUCUGCUAGGUAGCAAAUUUUGUUGAUCGUUUGAAUUGAUACUUAGGGUAAAGAAAUAUUGUUAAUUCUUCUGUAGCAACGGAAAUUUGAAAUCGUUUGCCAUGAGCAAGAAGCACAAAAAAUCAUCACGUGUUAAAGUAGUAAGUUUAGGUAGCACUGAAUCAGGAAAAUCAUGUGUCAUAAAAAGAUAUUGUGAAAAAAGGUUUGUUACCAAAUAUAUGCCAACUGUUGGUGUUGACUUUGGAGUAACGAAAGUUGUUGUUGAUGACCUGGAGCUGAAAGUUAAUUUAUUUGAUUUAUCUGGACAUCCAGCUUUUAAAGAGGUGAGAAACGAGUUCUACAAAGACACUCAAGGCGUCUUGCUAGUUUAUGAUGUUACUAACAAGGCAUCAUUUGAAGCUCUUGAUAGUUGGUUUAAAGAAGUUAAACAGUAUAUCCCUGAUCCGAUUGACAUAAGUCGUAUUGUGUUUAUCUUAUGUGCAAAUAAGAUUGACAAAAAGAACUCUAGGACUGUUGAUUUUGUGAAAGGCCGUGAGUGGGCACAAAAACAUGGAUUUUAUUACUUUGAAACGUCAUCACAAACAGGAGAUGGGAUAAAUGAAGCCUUUGAAAUGUUGUUUAAAGGACUCACUCAAGUCAUUGAAACUGGAGAAAGACCAAAAAAUGUUGCUGCUACUUUAGGUUAUACUAAGGAACAGAUGGAUGCCAUUCAAAAAUUAAAAACAUGUAAAGAUAAUUACAGCCGACUUGGACUUUCCUAUGGCGCUUCACAAGAAGAUGUCAGUAAAAGUUAUCGCAAGCUUGCAAAACUGUUACAUCCUGAUAAAUGUGAAAUUCCAGACAGCGAGGAUGCUUUUAAAAUACUUGUAGCAGCUCGAGACGCUUUGAUUAAUAAUGGGAAAUAAUAAUUUAAAAUUUAAAAGAUAUUUAAAUUUGUAAUUGGCUUGUUUUCCAAAUGGAGUGUUUUUAAAUUUUUUUUUAUAACAAAUAGUCUUUAUUUUUAAACUUUUAUGGUUAUGUUAAUUUGCUGAAACAAAACAUCUUCCAGAACUACUGAUGAAAUUUUGUUGGUGAUUGUGCUGCUAAUUUGUUUUUUGUUGUAAUGAAAAAGAUUUCUGUGAAAAAAAAAUCAGAUUUUUAAAAUUGUGGUUUUCUAUUAUUACAGUAGAAAUCCAGCUCAGUAUAGGGACAUCAUACUUUUGUUAAUAAUAUAAAUGUACAAAUAUUCAUAUAUUUAAAACUCUUUUAGGAUCAAUCUUCCCUUUUUCCUGUCAUAUGCUUUUGUGUUUAGAAUUUGCUAUAAUCCUAAUAUAUUCCCCUGCAAAUCGUUAUUUAUAUAUAUUUUUACACAGUAGUUUCAUGGUAAAAGUUGUAUUUGUAGAUUAUUUUGAAUGUUGUAUAUUAUAAAUUAUUUUCAGUUGUAUAUUCUUUUAAAAACAUGUUGGGGCUGGCAUUGUAUUUUCUUCCAUGUUUCUCUUAAUCAUUGUAUAAAGUCGUAAGAUUAAAAUUAAACUCAAAAAGGUAACAUGGGGCCAGGAAAGCUUGAUUAACUAUGCUGAUUGAAAAAGCUGAUUAUGUGGUUACGUAAAUACUUGACCACACAAUCAGCUUUUUUAAGCAAGGUUGUAGAUUUUAUACUCAGUGAAAUCCUGCUGUUUUUCAUCAUUUUCCAUUCUAAUAUUUUAAAAAUAGAGCACUCUUCGUCAGUUUCUCCAUU